AAUUUUCUGCUCUCCAUCGACAGAAGAGUGAAAUACGUGUCUGCUGCAAACAUUUUAGUUUUUCUCGACGAAAUCACCGAUUUGUUACAUAAUGAACUGGAAAACGGUUCAAACAGACUAAUUAAAUAAGUAUUCAAUAUAUGAAGACACACUGCAAACCUCUAUUUAGACAAUUAGAAUCUUCUUUGGUUUAAAGAUCCACAAUGGUCCGAAUUCUGAGUACUGGAGAGAUUGUUCAGGAUGACGAUCCAAGGCUUAGACCUGGUGGUGCCAAUGGGCCAUCGAGAAAUAGAAUGGGCCACAUUCAACACGAUGAAGAUGAUGAAGAUCGACAGCGACGAGAAGGACAAGGUGGGCGUGUUGGAAACCAAGCAGCAUCCGUCUUUGAUGCAUUUAGUGAACGUUUACGUGCUUUGGGUAUCCCUCGGUGGAACCUUGGACCUUAUGUUGUAGAACCUAUAGUUUCAGUAGGAUUUCUCGUAGCAUUAUUAUUGGCUGGAUUCAGAGGACUAAUAUUUGCCGGAAUUUUAUUCUUUGUGUCCAAAUACAGCCAACAAGGAGGAUUUGGAGGAUGGUUUGGAGGAAAUCCACGAGGUCCAUCACCUGGGCGGGGACCGCCACCAAGCCAUGGACAUGGGCAGGGUACACAGAGUGGACAGCCUGGGCAAGGGCAGGGAAAUAAUGGGGGUAGAAAAUGGGGAUCUGGUGAAGGACAGAGACUUGGCCAUAGCUAGACAUUACUGAGAAUUUUGAAGGAUCUAAAUGUUGAUUGAAAUUAUGACAAGAGAGCCCAGCCAGGAGCCCAAAACAAAUUCAAUGUGCCUAUUAGAUUUUGGUCCCCAUCUCAUUCAUUUGUACAUGGCGAGAUAUUUUAAAGUGAAAGAAGUGAAAGUUCUUUGUUGAAUUUCUCUGUCAACACUGCAAUGAAAUUAAAAAAUAUCCAGCCAACAUCUUGGAGGUCAAACUGGCGACCCCAUUACUAUUUUUUGUGGAUACUUUUGAAAGUGUUUUGAAAUCAAAAUUUUCAGAAUUUAUCAAAUUGCAGUGUUCUCUUUUUAGAUUCAGAUAAAAUAAUGGUGCCGCAAAGUCAUUCUGUAUUAAUUAUGUAAAACUAUCCAUAUAUCUGAAUAAUAUAUAUAGCUUGUAAAUAAA